UUGACAAGAACAGCCCAGCCUAAUUUGGGGUUCCUGGCUCUGCCCGGGAGCCCUCCAGCCUGCAGCCCCUGCCGAGGAGGGAGGACUGAACAGCAGGGAGGUGGGGGGCUGAGUGUCAGGGACCUGGGAGAAGCAGGCGGCUCACAGAGUAGAAGACUUGGAGCUGCACUGAGGGACAGGAGGCCCUUCUCCUGCUGUCCUUGUGAUCUCGGGCAAGACCUGCACCCUCUCUGGGGCACAUUCACUCAUCUGGAGGACACCGGGUUGGACUGAUGAUUUCCCACUGCCCCUGAGGCUUUGACGAUUGACUGUGACUUGAAGUCAGGUGGUGGGAGGCUGUACACCUGUGCCAUUAAGUUCACUGGUAGAAGUGGCUGUGGCCUGAGCCUAGUGCGGGGGUAUUCUGCCGAAGGGUGAGAGGAAAAGCUAUGCCUGGCAGUGGCCCCAGCGAGAGGAUGACGUGGCCUGGACCAGCGCUCCCUGCUGGCCCCCCAACCCACCCUCUUUCCUCAGCCCCGCGGACACCGCCCAUCCCGCCCCUCACUCGGACCCGCAGCCUCAUGGCCAUGUCCCUGCCAGGAAGCAGACGGGCCUCUGCUGGAUCCCGCAGUGGGGGUGCUUUGAGCCACAGCAGCCUGGCAGUGUUCGCUCAGUGCCCACAGCUGCCCCCCAGCCAGAAUGAGCACCUGCCUCUUCUCCCCGCCUCCAGGCGCACCUCUCCACCCGUGAGUGUGCGGGAUGCCUAUGGCACCUCUUCCCUCAGCAGCAGCAGCAACUCAGGCUCCUGCAAGGGCAGUGACAGCAGCCCCACACCCAGGCGCUCUAUGAAGUACACACUGUGCAGUGACAACCAUGGCAUCAAGCCGCCCACCCCAGAGCAGUACCUGACUCCCCUGCAGCAGAAGGAGGUAUGCAUCCGGCACCUGAAGGCACGGCUGAAGGACACGCAGGACCGGCUCCAGGACCGGGACACAGAGAUUGAUGACCUGAAGAUGCAGCUGUCGCGCAUGCAGGAGGACUGGAUCGAGGAGGAAUGCCACCGCGUGGAGGCACAGCUAGCCUUGAAGGAGGCCCGCAAGGAGAUCAAACAGCUCAAGCAGGUCAUUGACACUGUCAAAAACAACCUGAUUGACAAAGACAAGGGGCUGCAGAAGUACUUUGUGGACAUCAACAUCCAGAACAAGAAACUGGAGACACUGCUGCACAGCAUGGAGGUGGCCCAGAAUGGCACUGCCAAGGAGGAGAGCACUGGGGAGUCAGCUGCUGGUUCCCCUGCCCGCUCCCUCACCCGCAGCUCCACCUACACGAAGCUGAGUGACCCAGCUGUCUGUGGUGACCGCCAGCCUGGAGAUGCCCCCAGCACCUCCGCUGAAGAUGGAGCUGACAGUGGCUUUGUGGCUGCCGAUGACACACUGAGCCGGACGGACGCACUGGAGGCCAGCAGCCUGCUGUCAUCGGGGGUGGACUGUGGCCCGGAGGAGUCCUCGCUGCACAGCUCCUUUGGCCUGAGUGCCCGCUUCCCUGCCAGUAACACCUAUGAGAAGCUGCUAUGUGCCACAGAGGCUGGAGUGCAGGCCAGCUGCAUGCAGGAGCGGGCCAUCCAGACAGACUUCGUGCAAUACCAGCCUGACCUGGACAUCAUCCUGGAGAGAGUGACCCAGGCCCAGGUCUGUGGGACCAUCCCUGAGGACAGGCACCUGGGGUCAGAUUCCCAGCCCCCAGGGCCCAGAGACCCCAACUCAGCAGUGGUGUUGACGAUGGGUGACGAGCUUGAGGUCCCGGAGCCUAUCACCCGUGGGCCCACUGCACACCAGCCUGGAGCCAACCCCAACCCUGGCCCAUCAUCAGUGAGUGUGGUGUGCCCUUUGGAAGAGGAGGAGGAGGAGGCAGCCCCAGCCGCAGCCGCAGCUACAGCUGAAAAGGAGCCCAAGAGCUACUGGAGUCGCCACUACAUUGUGGAUCUGCUGGCUGUGGUGGUGCCGGCCGUCCCCACGGUGGCCUGGCUCUGCCGCUCCCAGCGUCGCCAGGGCCAGCCCAUCUACAACAUCAGCUCCCUGCUGCGGGGCUGCUGCACCGUGGCCUUGCACUCCAUCCGCAGGAUCAGCUGCCGCUCGCUAGGCCACUCAGGGCCCAGUUCUGCAGGCAGUGGCUCCCAGCUCUGAGGCGGCCGCCCCUCCCCGGGCAGCGCUGCAGCAGCCUGACCACUGAUUGUAGGGAUGCUGUCCUCCCCUCCCGUAUCCCCACAGGCAUCAUCUUAUUUAUUUAGUUUGGGGUUUGGAACCAUUUUCUCUCCCUGGAUGUUAACAGUGUCGGGCUGGGAGAAGGGCCUGGGAAAAGCACCCCAAAACUUCCAGAGGGAGAAGGGUAAGGGAGACCCAGGCAGGAAAGUAUACUGAUUGGAAAAACUGCACAGAGACACUUCUGAGGCCCCCAACCUGGCCCCUCUGUCCACCGAGCCCUUAGAUGGGGUGGGCCCUGCUCAGGAAGUCUCUCGCUGGUUUAUCUGGGGACCUCCCCUCCCUGCACUCUCCUGGUCCAGUGUCCUGCCCACUCCCUACCUUCUCUCCCAAGUCACCCUGCCUUCCUCCAGGCUCUGAGCCAAUAUUGUCUCCUCAGACAGACGUAGCUGUGGCCAAAGUACAGAAAACUGACCCAAGCACUUCAGGCAGGGUCUGGAAUGCCCGGGCCUGGGCUGGAGCUGUUGCCUCCCCUUUAUUCCCAACUCAGGAUUCAGAAGCAGCGUUGAGGCCAUGGCUGGAGGAACGACAUGCUAGGCAUGAGGCGCUAAGGGUGGGCUCUGUGUCUGUCUGUCCUCCCAGCUCCUCUCCAUGAUCCAUUUUCCUCUUGGCUUCUGAGUGUGUCAGAUUGUUCUUCCUUGAGAGAGAGCCAAGCCCGGCCAGCUGGGUGCUGUGGAGGGGGGCACUCGUUCAAGUCCUGGCACCCACUGAGAAAUCUGCCAGCACAGAGGAGGCACAGUUGGGAGCUCUGGGGGCCCAGCACCUUCUGCAGUGAGGCCACUUCAUCUACUGUUCAGGGGCAUGGCUGGACUCGGGAAUCCUUGGCUGCUCUGAGAAGCCAGAGGCCAUGGCUCCUGCCACUCCUCAAGGCGUCUCUGGCCCAACCCCUCCCUCCCACUGUGUUCACUUUGGGGCUUGGUUCUCCCCCAUCCCAAGAACCCUGGAAGUGAUUGCUUGCUUUCUGGGAUGAGGGUCUCUAGAUCUACCUGCCUGCCUCUGGGGGAGGCAGAGAAUUCUGGCAGGAUGACUCUCAGGAUGGGGUACGGAAGCCAUAACAUUUGUUCAGGCCAAAGCAGGGUGCCCUACGACUUGUUUCCCAGGCAGGGAUGUGGCAGGGCAGGAGGAGCCCUGUGACCACCUGCUCCCAGCCCAAGCUGGGUCAGCCUGGGAAAGUUCACUGUCCCUUGCCUUCCCUGGGACCACAUCUGAAUCCCCCAGCAAAGCUGCUGAUAUUUUAUUACCAUUAUUAGUUUACAAAGUAAACUCCUUCCUCUUUCUCCAUGGGGUUACACCCAUCUAGAUACCCACACACUUGUCAGAAGUUAGGUCCCACACUGGGGGAGUUGGUGGGACUCUACGUCUCACGUACCCCUCUGGCCUAGGGGCCACUAUGGUUCUCUACGAAGGUCAAUUGUCCUCAUCCCGAUGUUCCAAUGGCCACUGCCUGACUAAUGGGCUCUGCCCUUCCAUUCUGUGCCCUCCGCCCAGGGGGCACCUGCAUGCACUGGGGGUGGGCGGCCAGCCCAGCUGUCUGGCCCAGAGCCCCCCUACACAUGCUUCGUGCCUCCAGAGCUCCCUGCCUCAGCCCGGGCCUCAGACCAGCCCUCCUAGGUGGACCACCCCUGCCCCCAGCUGGACUAAACCUGAGUGCCUGGGACCUGGCUGCAGAUGCCCCCUGGGACACUGGGGUCAUGCCAUGGAGGGGGCAGGGGACCAAAGCAACCCAAAGCCAAGCCGAGACUGGCCAUGGACCUAGCUUCCUGUGCCGUGUACUCAUGGAGCUGCAUAGCAUCUCCUUAGAAACAAAGCUUUGCUGAGAAAAUAAAUGAAUGAACUAUAUUUGACAACAAAAAAAUUAUAUAUUUUUCACCACUGGAAUUUAGUCAAGCUUUGCAGCCCCUCUGCUCCUGUCCGUGUCUUGCUAUCUGUGGCCUUCCUAUCAUGGCCUGUGUUUGGGUGGGUCUGGGUGGGGCCGGGGCUGUUGUCCAUUCUGUCUGUGCUGCUGGAGAAGCCAUUUGUAAGGGCUGAGCCGUGGGUGGGCCCAAGGUCCUGGAGGAAGUGAGGAGGCCUGGCUCCCACCCUCUACUCCUGCUCUGGGCCACGCUCUGCCUUUGUGGUCACAGGGACCUGAACUCACUUUUUUUGUGGAUUCUGGUGGGGCCUUUAGUGAGCUUUCUUUCUUGCCAGUGGAGGAAGCAGCUCAACAUCAGGCCUAGGGCAGCCCCUGGGCUGACAGCCCUGGCCCAGCUUCUGAGCAAACCUAUCCUCCGCAUCUAUGCAAAGAGCCAGCACUGCCCGUGCAGCCCUCCCGAGGGCAUGCUGUGGGCUGCUGGCUUGGCUCCAGCCCUGGCUAGCUGGAGCACAGAGCGGGCUGGGACGGCAAGGCUGGGCCCGGCCAGUGCCCCCUGGAGAGUGCUCCCCCUCUGCAGCUCUCCUUCUGCUUCCUUGUGGGGCUGCAACUCUUCCCUCUUGCCCUCAGCUUCUGCAGCAGAAAUCUUCAGGGCCUCCCUUCUGUCUAGCCUCCAGCCAGAGCGGAUUAGGUCUCGAGGAACAGUGUCCCCAGGAAAUCACCUUCUGGAACUGCUAGUCCCUUUGGAGCCAGUGGUUAGAGUGGUUAUUCUUUAGUUCUGGGGCCAGGGCCAGAGCAGCCCUGCUGUCCCUCUGGUCCAGCCCUGGGCAGGACUUGGGAGCUGGGCCUGGGCUUCUGCACAGAGAGCUGGCCUUGAGCAGAGUUUAUGACCAGCGUCUCCUGAGGGGAUAACUUAGCUUUUCAUUGAAUGCCCUUCCCACUUGCCACUAGCACAGGAAUAUCUGACAGCACUUUGGGGAGGGGGGCAGAUCACAAGGCUCCAGGCAGAGGCAAAGACCUCUGCCUCUGGGGGCCUCUGCCCAGUGAACUCACAACUCCCUUUCUGGCCUAGGGACACUGCAAAUGGGUCACAGUGCACUCUCAUAUUCGUCCAUCUCCUUGACCAAGGAUUCAGGGGAUGUGGGAAGGAGAGAAGUAGGGAGGGGUCUGGACUCUCGUCUCCUUGUCCUGUUCAGACAGAGUUGUACCUGCAACGCACAGCUCUGAAUUAAAGCAUGAACACACCAUGAGA